GAGGAGACACGACUUCCCUCAACAGCACACGUCGCGCACAAUGAUGACGUAGCAGCGUUCUCUCGACGACAACAAACAUGGAGGAGUAUGCCCGUGAGCCUUGUCCCUGGAGGAUAGUGGAUGACUGUGGAGGUGCUUUCACCAUGGGUGCAAUUGGUGGAGGGGUGUUCCAGGCAGUCAAGGGCUUUCGUAAUGCCCCUGCAGGUGUCGGACACAGACUGAGAGGAAGCGCAAAUGCAGUGAGAAUAAGAGCUCCUCAGAUUGGAGGGAGCUUUGCUGUAUGGGGAGGGCUCUUCUCCACAAUCGACUGUGGUUUAGUUCGCUUGAGAGGGAAAGAGGAUCCUUGGAACUCUAUAACAAGUGGUGCACUAACCGGGGCCAUCCUGGCAGCACGCAGUGGGCCGUUAACUAUGAUGGGCUCUGCCAUGAUGGGGGGGAUUUUGCUCGCUCUCAUUGAGGGUUUUGGGAUCCUUCUAACCAGAUACACAGCACAGCAGUUUCAGAAUCCUAUUCCAUUUGCAGAGGACCCCAGUCAGUUACCUCCAAAGGAUGGAGGUCAGCAGCAGCAGCACCAGGGGGAAAAAGGGCAGUUUCAGUAGAGCAACCAGGACUGAGACCAAACCAGAGAGUAGGGAGGACACCAGACAUUACAGCAGGUAUCAGGAUGACCAGGAUAUGAAGAUACUGGUCUCUACAGUGGUGUCAAGUAGGUGCACUAUGUACUUAUACCUCAGGGGCAAAAGACAGUUUAUUUAUUUAGGUUAUUUAUUUAUUUAUUUAUUUAUUUAUUUAUUUAUGUAUUAGUGGAUGUUUUUGACAAAUCUCAUGUUUGCACCUCCAGCAACUCAUGCAACAUUUUCUGUAUCAAUGGUUACUCUUCACUGUGAUGGGUUAAAUAUGCACUUCUGAAAUGUGUAUAUAAAUUAAUUUGAUUAUUCAACUUUAAGGCAACAGCUUUAUAUUUAAGGAAUAUUUUUGACAUUUUAUGAAUUACGAUCAUUUGCAUUUUGUGCAAAGAGUAAGAGCAAGCAGUUGCUUCGCUUAGCAUUAAGUCUGUAAACAGCUAGACCAAAGGACAAGCUAGACUUGUCCAAAGGUAACAAAAUCCCCAAAACAGCACAUCUAAUGCUCCCUAAUUAACAUUUUAUAUCUUAUUUGUUUAGUUUGUACAAAAGUCAAAGUGAAGAAACUCAAUAUUUCUUAAAUUUUGUUUGGUUAUGUGACGAUUGUUUCUUGGCCAGGUGCCGUGAGUCGCUGCAGUCUUGAGUUGGCAUCUGUCUUUUAAUGUAAUUAUUAGCAAGAAAGCAAAGACGUGUAUUUCCCGAUAAAACAUGAAACUAUUCCUUUAAGCUUCCAAAGCUCUUACAUGUUUAUGCACAGAUUUAAUCAGUGAAUCCAGUGUUUUAAUGGCUGCUGGGCAGAACGGUAGAGUAAUAAGAAAAAUGAGACAUCAGUGAGAUCUUAUCUUGUUUUUAUCUAUAUUCUGGUAGCAGCGAGUCUGAAGUCUUAAAUUAUGUGUCAGCUGUGACAAUCAAUGUAAAGAACAGUGUGUGGUUUUAAAUAAUGUGUGUGCUUUAGAUGUGGCUAUGCUCAACACAAUCUAAUGCCACUCUUUGUUAGUAGUUUCUCUAACUAUGGUCUUGCCUCAUCGGCAGCUUUUGUCACUUUGAAUCUUUCUUGAGUAGUUAUUACCUAAACUAUUAGAAGGAUGAGCACAUAUCGUGAAAAAUAUGAACGAGAUCCCUAAAAAUGAUGGCUUGAAUUUCUUAUUCAUGCACUCCUAUGCACUUUGAUCACAGCAUUAUCCAUCAAGCAACCAAGCACUUUUUAAAGGUUCAUCUCUUGGUUUUCCUAAAAUUCGUAGCAUCUGCCACAGGUUGAGAUGGUGCAGUAUGAUCCCAUUUGUUUAACAGUCAAACUGUGUAUAGAAAGAAUGUCUAUUUAUUGUAUUGUCUUAAUA